UUAAUCCACUCGCUAUCGGUCAGCUGGUCGACCAUCACAUGACCUGUCAUAUGAAAACUUUUUCACUCUGACAGCGCAAAUCGACAUCGGGCCGUGCAAAUCGAAAAACCUUUUCACAUUUUUCGUUUGUAGUUUUUCUUAAUUUUUGUGCGUCCACGUAGCGAGCUAGGCAACAAAAUGUUGUGGAAGUCGCUGAUUGCGUUGUGCGUCAUUGGAGUCGCCUUGGCCGAGCAGACACCCGUUUUUCUCUGGGGUGCCAACAGCCCCACGAAGCCAUCGCUGCGCACAGUCCCUCAGGCAGAGUUUGGAGAGCAGCUGGCGACAUUGCUAAAAGAUCACAUGAUUGUGGCCUUCGAGGAAAAUGGCCUGAGCAACAAGGAUUUCUUGUGCUCCAAUGGCGAGGCGCAGUCAUGUUACGCUCAGCUACAGAGCGUAAGCCCCAAAACCUACUACACCAGCGUAGAGAAUCCCUCCGAAGCACUGCGGGCUGCAGCUGAAAAGCGCGAGCACAACAGCAUCGAUGCCAAUGGUCAGCUGGUGAAUCCCGUCAAGUGUGAGGUGGGCACAGCCCAUUUUCUUUCCUUUGAGGAUGUGUCCGAGACACGUGUCGCUACGCUCCAAUCACAUGACUCCGCGAUUGCCGCUAUCAGCAAGCAAUUGGACGGCUGCAAGGUGGCUUAUCUGUAUUUGGCUGCGCCAGCUACGGCACCCACUGUGCAGCGCCGCGUGCGUCGUUGGACUGCAGCGGAGAGGAGUGGCUACAGAUUCUACAGUGGCAAUCAGUUUGCAAUCAGCUUUACAGAUGUUCAGUACAUUAACGAAGGAGCUACUACGACUACCACGCCCUUAAAGGUUAGUGGUAUAACCGUAAACAAUGUCACCGCCAACAUCAAGUUCUCCGUGGCACUGCACACCGAUGCUGGGAAGGACAUCACCUUUGAUAUCAGCUAUAGCAGCGUCGAUGGUUAUUAUACAGUAAGCAAUGCGGCAUAUGGCGGCGAGACAUUCCGCACGCCUGGUGUCAAUGCGCCCACUACGUUCUCCUAUGCCUGCGGCAAUGCGACCUGGUAUACGCCAGCCAAGGAGAACAAAGCCAAUGCGCUGGCGUGGAGCUCACUGCAGCUGCAGGCGCCAUUCAGUCAAUCAGCCAAGGAUAAUUUUGCGUUCGGUGAUUCCUGGGACUGCGUUGGCUUCGUUACGCCUGGCAUAUUGAUGGGUCUGUUUGUGAUUGUCAUUCUGCUGGUGAUUGUCUUUUUGGGCCUGUGCUGGAUGAUGGAUAUCAAGACAAUGGAUCGCUUCGAUGAUCCCAAGGGCAAAACUAUUACGAUUAAUGCUAGCGCCGAAUAAGCAGCCAGCCGUCUGCAUUAAUUCAUUGUUUUUCUGAUUGUUUUUCAGCAUCGUUUAAUGUGCAUAGAUAUAUAUCCGUAUAUUCAAUAUUCAUUCCUACCUUCAGCUACGCAUAAUAUGUAAUCAAUUCAAUACUUAAACAAUUACAUUAUACAAAAAAAAAAACACACAAAAAAAUGUCAGGAAAUUAGCGGCCACAAUUUAUAAGUCAUACUCUGUACAAUUUA